AUGUGGCGCAUUUUACUAGCUCAUCCGGACACUGAUCACGAAGAAGAAACCGAAGAGGAAGAAAUAAAAGAAGAAGAAAUCAAAGAAGAAAAGAAAACCUCCAUGACCACACCGAAGAAAACAAAGGAGGAAAAGAUGGCGGAAUUGAAGUCGUUGAUUUCUAAACGCGGAGCAGUGAAGAGCAAGUUGUCGAGGACCCAUGCCGCGGUCCAGGCAGCGCAAGCAGAGCCUCUAGCUAUGUCCAUGCCCCAAGUUCGUGUCCACUCAAGGAAUGUGGAUAAAUAUUAUGGUGAGUACAAUGAAGUACAUGACAUAAUAAUGCAAAGUAUUGCGGAAAACCAGAGGGAAAACCACGAAGACAAACUCAUCGAGUUCGAGGAGCUCAAUAACGAGGUGCAAGUUUUCAUUGAGACGCUAAUGGAAGCUCACGCUCAGAACGCUAAUCGGAAUCGAGCCGUUCUUCCCGCUGGAGUGCAGCAAAACGGUCAACCGCAAGUUGUCAUCCACCAGCAAGCUCUUCGUGCCCCAUUGCCAACAUUCGAUGGGCGGUACGAAAAUUGGCCAAAAUUCAAGUCGAUGUUCCAGGACUUGAUGAGGAAUUCUCCAGAUUCGGAUGCAGUAAAACUUUUUCAUCUGGACAAGUCGCUGGUAGGAAGUGCAGCAGGAAUCCUUGACGCUAAAACGAUCCAAGACAAUAAUUAUCAACAAGCCUGGCAGAUAUUGGAACAACGCUAUGAAAAUAAGAGGUUGAUUAUCGACGUUCACGUACAAGGUAUCAUGCAGCUGAAGAAGAUGGCAAAAAAGUCCUCUAAGGAGCUGCGUAGCCUUAUCGAUGAAUGCUCAAGACAUGUGGAAAACCUGAAGUUCCACGAACAGCACCUGUUAGGAGUUUCGGAGAUUAUCAUCGUCCAUAUUCUAUCAGGUGCCCUCGAUCAAGAAACAAGGGAGUUAUGGGAAGGUACGAUCGACCAUGGAGACCUCCCGAAGUAUGCGGAAACUAUGGAAUUCCUUAGAAAGCGGUGUCUCGUACUGGAGCGGUGCGAGUCGACCGCACCAUCGGUGCCUUUUAUCAAGCAAGCAGCUACUAAGGCACCACCAAGCAAAGCAUCAAAAAUAUCUGCUGCAGCUACAGUAUCUAGCGAGAUCGUCUGUGAGCUGUGCGGUGGAGACCAUCCGAAUUUCAAAUGCAGCACAUUUCGCAGCAUGAGCGUUGCGCAACGAUUGGUUAAAGUGAAGAAAGCCAGGGUUUGUUUCAACUGUCUGCCAUGCUUCACCAGGAUCAGCCAGAAGCCCAAGGACAAUCCAGAGGAGCUACCUGCAGUAAAAACGGAUGUUGCUGGCAGGAUCGAUCCAGAUCCACACGAAGGUAGAAGUAGUGUUUCGGUAACAACGUCAUGUCUCGGUGGCGGGUUGUCACAAUCGGCCAAACAGGUAAUGCUUCAGACAGCAGUUAUCGAUGUGGAGGAUGUACACGGUCGUCUUCAUCCUUGCCGUGCGCUGUUGGACUCGGGUUCACAGGCGCAUAUCUUGUCGGAAUCGAUGGCACAACUUCUCGCUUUACCGACCCUGAAAUGCAACAUUACAGUCGUAGGAGCAAACGCAGUGAAGACUCAAGCAAAGAAAGGAUUGAACCUGAAUUUCUCGUCGAGAUACUGCUCGCUUCAAGGCAAUAUCACAUGCUUGAUUUCGGAAAGACCGACUGGGAAUGUACCGUCGGUAACAAUUGAUGUAUCUUUGUGGAACCUACCACAAGGGUUGCAGCUAGCGGAUCCAGAGUUUUUAAAGCCACACGAAAUCGAUUUGGUGCUUGCUUCUAAUUACGUCUGGGAUUUGCUUCGAACCAAGAAGGUGGUCCUGUCCAAUGGUACAACGUCUCUACGAGAAACAGAUCUAGGCUGGAUCGUCACUGGCACAUACGAUCCGUACCAACAGGUGAGUGGCUCUAUUUUGAUCGCAAAUGUUGCAUUGCAAGAUCCACUAGCUGAGAAAUUGGAAAAAUUUUGGUCCGUUGAGGAGGUGACUGAGUCUUCACCUUUCAACACUGAAGAGCAGGAAGUUGAGCAGCAUUUCCUGGAAAACUAUCGCCGGGACGAAUCUGGUCGCUUCGUGGUCCAGAUGCCGCUUCGGGAAACUGUCGCAGAACUUGAUGAUAACAGAAAUCUAGCGCUGAAGCGUUUCUACGCACUCGAGCGGAAAUUAUCCCGGAAUCCAGAACUAAGAAGUCAGUAUUGUGAAUUCAUGCGAGAAUACGAAUCACUUGGGCACUGUAAUGAGAUCAGAGAAGAAGACGACGUAUCUGGACUACCACGAUACUACGUACCGCACCAUGCGGUGUUUAAGCUGGCGAGUUCUUCAACCAAACUAAGGGUGGUAUUCGACGCUAGCGCAAAAUCUUCGAAGUACUCCCUGAACGAUGUGAUGAAAACUGGACCAACCGUCCAGAACGAUAUAUUUUCCGUGGAUCUUCGUUUCCGGCGCCAUACGUUUGGAUUUUCCGGCGACGUAACCAAAAUGUACCGGCAGGUCGGUCUCGAUAGAAUUCACACCCGAUUCUUGAGGAUUUUCUGGAGGGAGGACCCUUCAAAGCCGCUGAGAGUUUUGGAACUGAUUACAGUGACAUACGGAACGGCUGCAGCACCAUUUCUUGCAACCAGAAGCUUGGUGCAGUUAGCAGUUGAAGAACAACAUCGAUACCCAGUUGCGUCGAAGAUGGUGAAAGAAGAUGUGUACGUGGAUGAUAUGCUAUCUGGAGCAAACACAGAAGAAGAAGCUGCUCAACGCUUGUUGGAAGUGAAACAGUUGUUGUCUGCUGGAGGAUUUCCAAUUCGCAAGUGGAGUUCGAAUUCAACUGUAGUGCUUGAAAGUGUGCCUGAAGAAGAACGAGAAAAAUUAGUGAAGAUUGGUGAAAAUGGUAUGAAGGAAGGAAUCAAGGCACUGGGAAUACUUUGGGAUACGAAGAAUGAUCAGUUCACGUACGAAAAUUGGCCAGAAGAGGCCACCAACCGAUCGCUUACGAAGCGACACGUCCUUGCUGAAAUUUCGAAGUUGUAUGAUCCGUUGGGACUUGUCUCACCGGUUAUAGUUUGUGCCAAGAUCAUAAUGCAAAAACUCUGGUCGUCCAAGAUGAACUGGGAUGAUGAACUGGAGGAAGACAUUCUGGUAGAGUGGGUCAAUUUUCGAAAUUCGCUGACAACGCUGAAUCUGAUUCAAGUGCCACGAUGCGUUAUGAUGUCUGGUGCCAUUCGGUACGAGAUUCACGGGUUCGCGGAUGCUUCGAUAGUAGCGUAUGGAGCCUGCAUAUAUAUGCGAAGUGUGUUGGCUGACGGAAGUGCGGAGCUGCGCCUUAUGUGUGCUAAGUCAAGAGUGGCACCGUUGAAGGCGAUUACAAUCCCAAGACUGGAGCUGCUUGCUGCUUUGCUUUUAGCUCGGCUCAUGGUAAAGGUGAUUGAAGUGAUGGAAAUCGAUUACUCGGAGGUCACGUUGUGGUCUGAUAGUCAGAUUACAUUGGCCUGGUUGAAGAAAUCACUCGGAACUAUGGAAACUUUCGUCCGAAACCGCGUGGCAGAGAUCAACAGGCUCACCAAUCGUUACAAGUGGAAGUACGUGAACACAAAACACAAUCCUGCUGACGUGGUGUCCCGAGGUCAGGCUCCAGCCAUGUUAUGUAAAAACAACCUCUGGUGGAGUGGACCUGAGUUCCUGAAGGAAGAGGAAUACUGUAGUCCUCAACCAGCGCCGAUUCGGGAAUUAGAGAUUCCAGAGCUGAAGGUGACAGCCAUUGUUGCGGAAAAAAUCGAGGCUCUGUCAGUCUUUGCAAGGUUUAGCAGUUUCCGUAAGCUUCAAACGGGUAAUUGCGUAUGUCCUGCGCUUUGUUCGAAAUUGCAGAAGCAAAUCGAUGAAGCGCCCAGGAAGCUCAUCAAAAUUUGUGACAGUUCCUGA